AUGGCUCAAGCUAAAUAUACUAGAUUAGAUAUUAAUAAUAAUAAGCGAUCGCCGGCAAGUUACUGUUCAACAGCGACUAUUGUUGUGUUUGUUGCUCUUUGCUUGUUUGGUAUUUGGAUGAUGACGUCGUCAUCUGUAGUGCCUGUGCAAAACGUAGACGUGUCUCAGGACAAUAAGAAUGAGGUGCAGGAACAGAUUGGCGUGAAAGAACAGACUGAGGUGAAAGACCAGUCAACUGAUCCAUCUAAUAAUAAUGCUCAACAGUUUGAAGAUAAUCGGGGUGAUCUGUCUGAUGAUGCAACCAAAGGGGAUGGUAGUGUCACACCUGGUAAAACCUCUGACGGGUCAGAAAAAAGUGAAGAGAAAUCGGAGGAAAAGUCUGAAGAGAAACCUUCUGAUGAUACAAAAACAGAAAAUCAAGAUUCAAAUUUGACCGAUAAGAAAACUGAUUCUGAUGAGAGCGAGAAGAUAUCAGAUUCUGACGAGAGUGAGAAUAAAUCUGGUUCUAAUGAGAGUGACAAAAAAUCUGAAUCUGACGAGAAUCAAAAUAAAUCCGAAUCAAAUGAUAACAGACAGUUUGAUUCUGAUUCAGAUGAUAAGAAAUCUGAUAAUGCAAGUGAAACACCAGAUAAGACGGAAGAGAAGGUAGAACAAAGUGGUAACAAAGACUCUGACGAAAAUUCCGAUGAGAAGAAAACAGGUGACAAUGCCAACAGCCAGGUUUCAAAUGAGGUAUACCCUUCUGCGGCUCCGUCAGAUCUUCUGAAUGAAGGUACCGCACAAAAUGGUUCUUUUUCAACUCAGGCAGCUAAGUCAAAUAUUGAAAAGGAGUCUCAAGCAUCCUCCAAGCAGUCUGCUGGGUACGAUUGGAAACUGUGCAAUGCCUCUGCUGGCCCUGAUUUCAUCCCAUGCCUCGACAACGUGAAAGCAAUUAGGAGUCUUCCAAGCACCCAACACUAUGAACACAGAGAAAGGCAAUGUCCUCAAGAACCUCCUACCUGCCUUGUCCCUCUUCCUAAAGGAUACAAACGCCCAAUUGAAUGGCCCAAAAGCAGAGAGAAGAUAUGGUAUUCUAAUGUUCCACAUACUCAGCUUGCUGAAUACAAGGGGCACCAGAAUUGGGUGAAAGUUACUGGCGAAUACCUUACUUUUCCAGGUGGUGGAACCCAAUUCAAACACGGUGCACUUCAUUACAUUGACAUCAUACAACAGGAAACCCUAAUGGAUAGGAACUGUAAACAAGAUGAUGAUACUUUGGGAUUUGAGUCUGUACCUGAUAUUGCUUUUGGCAAACGCACACGUGUGAUUUUAGAUGUUGGAUGUGGUGUUGCCAGCUUUGGUGGCUUUCUAUUUGAAAGAAAUGUACUUACAAUGUCAUUGGCGCCAAAAGAUGAACACGAAGCUCAAGUACAAUUUGCACUUGAAAGAGGGAUUCCUGCAAUAUCCGCUGUGAUGGGCACAAAGAGGCUUCCAUUCCCUGGGAGAGUAUUUGAUGCAGUCCAUUGUGCACGCUGUAGAGUUCCUUGGCAUAUAGAAGGUGGCAAACUUCUUUUGGAGCUGAAUAGAGUUUUGCGACCUGGUGGUUUCUUUGUAUGGUCUGCCACUCCUAUUUACCAGAAGCUUGAUGAAGAUGUUGAAAUAUGGAAUGAAAUGAAGAAACUAACAAAAGCAAUGUGCUGGGAACUUAUGUCCAUCAGCAAGGAUAAACUUAAUGGAGUUGGUAUAGCUGUGUACAAGAAGCCAGAUUCUAAUGAGUGUUAUGAAAAACGUUCUUCUGAUCAGCCUCCUAUGUGUCCAGACUCCGACGAUCCUAAUGCAGCAUGGAACAUUCCAUUACAAGCUUGCAUGCACAAAUUACCAGCGAAUUCGACAGAACGAGGAUCACAAUGGCCAGAGUAUUGGCCAGCAAGAUUGAGCAACUCACCUUACUGGCUGACAAAUUCUCAUGUUGGAGUCUAUGGAAAGCCCGCCCCUGAGGAUUUCACUGUUGAUUAUCAACACUGGAAACGUAUAGUGUCCAAGUCUUAUCUUAACGGGAUCGGAAUUAACUGGUCCAAUGUGCGGAAUGUCAUGGAUAUGAGAUCAGUCUAUGGAGGGUUUGCUGCUGCAUUGAAGGAUUUGAAUAUUUGGGUCAUGAAUGUGAUUCCAGUAAAUGCUCCCGACACACUUCCUAUUAUUUAUGAGCGAGGUCUCUUUGGUAUGUAUCAUGAUUGGUGUGAAUCAUUUAGCACCUAUCCGAGGUCCUAUGAUCUACUUCAUGCAGAUCAUAUAUUUUCAAAUAUUAAGAACAGGUGCAAUUUGAAAGCUGUAGUGGCUGAGGUUGAUAGGAUUCUUAGGCCUGAGGGGAAGCUUAUUGUGCGAGACACUACUGUCAUCAUUAACGAGCUUGAAGCUAUGGUGAAAUCCAUGCAGUGGGAGGUUCGCAUGACUUACUCUAAAGAUAAAUCGGGCUUUUUAUGUGUCCAGAAGUCCAUGUGGCGGCCUACAGAAUUUGAUACACUCGAGUAUUCUAUUGGCCAGAUACCAACAUGA